AUGAGCUGCUACGACUCUCCCUCCACCUCCGACGAUGGCGGACACGGCGAUGCAGAGCAGACGCAAGGCAGCAUCGCUUCGCAGUGCGGCUGCUCCUUUGCGUGGAUCAGCCUCUUCUUCGGCGGUGUGCCUUCGAAGGGUGGCGACUUCUUCGCCUCGGUCAUCUUCUUUCUGGCUUUCACUGCACUUUUCCUCAUCGCCUCCUAUCGACUCUGGCACUGGGCAGCCGUCGACAAAUACGUCUUCAUGAAUCUGCUCCCACUCGUGCUCGCCUGCUUCAUCCUGCUCAUCAGCAUGGCUACACGUGUCUACGCCUCGAACAACACGCCUUCAACCUCGCACCUCCUCGCUUUGCAGCUCCUCUCUUUCCUGGCGCUGCCUCUCCUCGUCGAUCCCUGUCUGCAGCUCGUCGGCUUGCUCUCUCGCCGCGCACAGCCCGGCGGCUAUCUCGAUCUGGGCGCUGCCUUCUGCCGCACCAUGAACGGCGUCGGCCUGCUGCUGUACUGUGUUGCUGGGGCGGUGCAGAUCGUUUUCGUCAACAACUUGGAGCGCGGCGGAGGAUCCUGCGAUGCUGCCUCGCUCGCAACGUUACCCUUCGUGGCCGAUCUGCUGGUGCUCAUUGCACUCAUCUUCAGUCUGCUGCUUGUGAUUCUUGCGAGACUACGCAGCUAUCUCGAAGGCUUCAUCCUCAUCCACCUCGGCGUCAUCCAUCUCUUUCUGCUCACCGCGACCGUCGUCCGUCUCCUGCGCGACGUCUCGGCCGUGCAGAUCGCAGCGCGCGGAUGGGCACACUGGAGCCCUCCGAACGCAGCAACGCAGCUCGUUGCUCAAUGCUGGAGCGGCGCUCGCUCCAUCGAUUGGAGUGCUCUACGAGCGAUCCGAAGCGGCGCAGAUUCACCACUUGCGUUCUGGGUCUUCUGGGUGCUUUGCUUGCUGCUGGCAACGCUCUUCCUGCUCGCCGUCAACCUCCCAGCGUACACUUCCUCCUCUCCGCCUCCAGCUGCCAUGCCCGACUCGGCGCGCUAUCAACUCUGCUACGACACCUCUGGCGGAGCAGCAGCUUUCAAGCGCGUGGAGAACCCCGGCGCGCCAACGCUUCCGACGGGCGAGCCGCUGUACGAGCUCAUCCGCGGCGAUGAUGGCGAGUGGAACGUCCGGCAGGCCACUGCGCCGACCGUGGGUGGGCCGGGCAGCUACGCCACCUUCACGCCUUGGUACCGCUAG